AUGGAUUGCAAGCCCAUUAUAUUUGCCUUAUUCGGGUUUUCAGCAUCUUUCAUUUUUCUGUUUCCAGAUUUUCGAAGAAGGAAAAACCGACAAGCAGCAGAAGAGAAAUUGAAGAUUGUAAGUGAAACUCUGCAUGAAGCUGAAGAAAGAGUAAUAAGAUAUGAAGAAAGACAUGAUAAAAUUCUUAGCCAAAUUUGCUCAUAUUAUAUGGUAAAUGAGAAGCUGGAGGAGGCAUUGGUGGGGGCUAAAAAUGCCAUGAAUGAUGCCUUGGAGUUUUCUGUUGGUCUCAGAAAUUUGCAAAUGGAAAUCCUUACAUCCUAUUCCUGA